UGUCAGUUUCGAAAAAGUGCUCUCCAUCUUCGUGUCGUGCGUAAUGCAACCAAUCUUUCCGUAAAAUCCGCGUUCGUUCAUCUUUCCCAGAAGCAGAAGAACAGAAAAUUUUUCUUACACCAGAAUCAAUACUUCCGUUUAUGAAUGAAAUCUCGCCCGAUUAUUUCAACAGCUGUUUCAAUCCUGCCAGGCAUAUGCAAAUGCAACAAGCUAUAGUGGCGAAAUAAAGUGUAUACAGGUGAAGAUAAAUAACAUCAAGUGAAUCACCAUAAACAAACCGUCAAGACGGAUCAAACAGGCAAUCCCGACAUCGUUGAAAUUGGUGGUAGCAGGUUAACUCGAGCCGGCGUUAGUGGUAGUAGUAAUAGUGAAAUAAAAGUGACUGAUAGCGGAGGUGGAGGCGGUCGCAAAAGAAAACUACCGGGAAACGACAUGUACAAGAUGCCGGAGAUCAAGCCAAUCCCGAUGCAACCGCAGCAGCAAUUACCACAAGGAGGUGGAGGCCCGAAUGGGCGCCAACCGAAGACGACUCCUAUUACUGACGAUUACGAAAUAUCGAACACCGUGCUUGGACUUGGCAUCAACGGGAAGGUGGUGCAGUGUAGCAACAAAAAGAACAGCAACAAAUAUGCUCUCAAGGUUCUUCACGACAACGUAAAAGCACGGCGCGAAGUAGAGCUUCAUUGGCGUGCGAGCGGCUGCCGGAACAUAGUCAACAUAAUCGAUGUCUACGAAAAUAGCUACAGCGGAAACCGGUGCUUACUGGUCGUUAUGGAAUGCAUGGAAGGAGGAGAACUUUUUCAGCGAAUCCAAGACCGUCAGGACGGGCCCUUCACCGAAAGAGAGGCCGCCCAGAUCAUGCAUGAGAUCUGCGUCGCCGUCAAAUACUUGCACGAUUCCAACAUUGCACACCGGGACCUUAAACCGGAGAAUCUGCUGUACACAUCACCGGCCCCGAAUGCUUUACUCAAACUGACCGACUUUGGGUUCGCCAAGGAAACCUUCGUCAAGGAUACGCUCCAGACGCCGUGCUACACACCGUACUACGUGGCCCCGGAAGUGCUCGGACCGGAAAAGUAUGACAAGAGCUGUGAUAUCUGGUCGCUGGGAGUCAUCAUGUACAUACUGCUAUGCGGCUUCCCACCAUUCUACAGCAACCACGGACUGGCAAUCUCGCCGGGUAUGAAAACGCGCAUCCGCACUGGUCAGUACGAUUUCCCCAAUCCCGAGUGGAAAAAUGUGAGCCAGGCAGCAAAGGAUCUCAUCAAGGGCAUGCUGAGCGUCGAGCCGGAGAAACGGCUCACCAUCGAUCAGGUCAUGCGGAACCCCUGGAUCCGAUUGUACACAGAAGUUCCCCAGACUCCUUUGCACACAGGACGCGUCCUCAAAGAGGGAGAAGAAACUUGGCCCGAUGUUCAGGAAGAAAUGACGCGAUCGCUGGCUAAUAUGCGUGUGGAUUACGAUCAGAUGCACAUUAAAACUCUGGACAGUUCAAACAAUGCUUUGUUGAACAAAAGAAGAAAACGGGGCGAAGAUAAAGUGAAGAAUUAAAACAAAACCCAUCGGUGGUCGACGUCAACGGUUCCCGGAUAACAAAACAGCUAAACCACAUUGACAGCGAGCUUUUCUCGAGAGAGAGAAAAAAUGAUGGAAUAUGUUUUUUCCUUUUCGUACUAAAACAACUACUGACUCUGGCAACGGUUAGAAAAAAAAUUGGUGUUGCAUUUAAGACCGGCGGACUACCGCAUAAUGUGAACAGCUUUUAUGGCGCCUCCAUCGUGUGGCGAUUUUCAUGGCACAUAAACAAGAAUUACCUUGUCUAUGUCAAAGGUGAGACCUGAAGCCGUCAUUCUUCUACCAAAAGUUGGAAGCAUGUUCUGAGAGACUUGAGAAAAACGAAAUCAGUUAUACUGGGUAGCUACAGGUAGUUCAGACGAGAGGAAAACGUGCAUAUACUUAUGUAUUCUUUAUAUAGUAUGUAUAUUUAUGAUAACCGGACGGAUUGUUUGCGUAGCAGACAAUUAGCGAACUUAUUAGUGUCAUCAUCGUAGUUUUAUAUGGUAAGAAGACAAAUUGCGCGAAUUAUAUGUGUAGAGUAAUACGAGAGAGUAAAGCCGUUUAAGGGCAAACUGGUUCAGUGAUAAAGUUUGUUAAAAAGGAAUGGCCAAAUUCUUUUUGGAAGUAACGAGCUAAAUAGCCAGAAACGAGACAAAAACUAUUUGUUUGAAUGAUAGAUUGUUUCAGUAAUUUUAACCAUUUAACCAAAUCACCAAAUCUAGAACGAGAAAUUAACAACGCGACAAUAUAGCAUUCUUGUUUUAGAAUGGAACACAUUUUAAUAAAGCUUUUAAUUAUUCUUUGUUAAAAUUAUGUAUUGUAGAUCGUAGGAUUCCCCCGGUUCAUUCGAUGUCCACUUUUCUAAUAAAGACGUAACAUUUAA